AUGAUGGCUCUCUUUAUGUUGAUAUGGUGUUCAGAGUGGAAGUUCAAACAUCUUCCUGAAGCAAAAGUGUCUAGUCUUACACGUUGUCAAGAACAACUGCUUACCUUUUCUAUCAGUACAAGAUACUUGACAGAAUCUAAAAAUUUACUUAAUCGGUAUUUUUCAGGUAAAUCUCGAUCCAGCUCGUCCGAAUCUGACAGGUCUAGCAGAGACAGUUGGUCACACAGGCGUUCUUGCUCUCGAAAUAGUCAAUGUUCAAAAUAUGACAGCUCAGGUAGCUCUCGUCACUCGCACAGUCGCUCACUGUCCGUAUCUAGAAACUUAGAAAAUAAUACAGGAAACUUGUCACGUGCAUUUUUACACGAGGAAAACAAGCUUGAUGAGGUUAUAGACAACAAUACAAAUAAAAAUUCGACUGGGCCUCCUAACAAAGAAAAUAUCUCAAGCAACGAAACAAGUACAGACAAAUCUCAAGACUUAUCUCUCGUACCUGAAAUCUUAGAAGCAAUAGGAAAGAGACUAGAUGCUGAUAAUCCACGAGCGCCUGCGAUUCACAAUGAUAUAGUGGUCCGUUGGGAGGAAAUCCUGCAAAAAGGACUUCCAGAAGAAGAGCGUAAAACACUUUAUAAAAAAUAUCUUACACCAGAAAAUUGUGUUUUUAUAGAACCGCCAAAAUUAAACGCGGAAAUAAAAGCUACUCUAACGGAUCCAAUUAUCAACAGAGACAAAAAGAUUUUUGACAAACAGAAGAAAUUAUCUGUCUGUCUUUCCGCAAUCGGAGCUAUGAUCUCAAGUCUUUUAUCUGAUAAGAACAUUGAUCCAAUAAGUCACUUGACGAACCUCAGUGACAUCGGUAGGAUUCUAAUAGGUGUGCAACAUGAUGAAACUGCAACCAGACGUCUCAUUAUUUCAUCAAAUCUGAAUCCCUCGUUAAAAGAAACGCUUAACGCUACUUCAGCCGACGAAUGGCUUUUCGGAAAAAAUCUUGCCGAUGCCCUAAAAACGGCAAAAUCGUUGGAAAAGUCUUCAAAAGAUUUGAAGCCAACUGCCAGAUCUUCGCUAUCUUCUGCUAAGACUUCAAAAAACACGAAAGCCCCCCGCCAACAACAAAGGAACCAGUUCCAGAGGACGGGGGGAUAUCGCAAACCAACGAAUCAGAUGCAGAGGUCAUACACUCGUCACCAACAGCCAAGGAAAUCGGACAUCCCUCCUCCAAGACGCCGCUAACGAAUCCGGGAGCAUCAUCCACUAUGGAAUCAGCUUUCCCUGGUGGGAGGAAUACUAUCGUACAAGCCUUCUCUCUAAGAGGAAUGGCACCUGAGACUAUAAAUCUGAGUAUCGCAUCACUUGCUAAAUCAUCUCUGAAGC